AUCUGUUAUUUAUUAAAUAAUAUGUUAUGAACCACUCCUAUAUAAGUGUAUCCAGCACACUUCUCAGUGGUAGGUUGCUACUAGUAAUCAGUAAUCUGUGCAGUUGCCUAGCAACCUCAAAGAAUUUAUAGAAUGCCAACAACAAAAUUAUCACGUUUGUUAGAUGUAAACGUUUUCUUAAAAUAUGUGGUAUAACAAAGUAAAACAUUAGAAAAUAUCUAUGAUAGUGUCUUAACAAUAUUGCUAAUAUGUCAUCCAUAUCUAGUUCGAAGGAAAUGAAGGAAAUGUCCUGUGAUAGCAGUAAUAAGGAGUUCCUACUCUUAGAAAAAACUUGCGAAGCCCUCAAAGACAGCGAUGAAGAAAUUAAAAUGAUCUUCAAUGAAAUCAAAAAACUGUCUCACAAUAAUCAUGUUGAAAUAACCGACGAAGACGACGUGGAGUUGAUAUUGAGAAAAGCCGAAAACAUAGCAAAUGAAACAGAAAACUUACUGAAAAGCAGUCCAGUGGUUACUAAUAAGGCUACCUCUUAUCUAGGUGAUACAUCAGCUAUUUCCGAAGUAAAAGUUGAUAAGUCAAAAAGCUUAGAAGCUCCCAAGGAAGGCAACAAAUCCUUUAAGGUCAGCCCAGGAGUAAGGCGAAAUGGGAAAGACAAUAUUGAUAGUCGACGUAAGUCGAAAACAAGACCUUUCUCCGCAGGAGUAGUAGAUUCUAAGAAAAAAGAAGCCGCGAAAGUAGCUCGGCUGACGUCUGGUACGCCGAAAAAACUUAAUUGUAAACACGAUCAGCAGUUGGAAGAGCUAAAGGAUACAAAUGAAAGAGUAAAAAGUCUUGAAUUAUUAAACGUACAACUUGUAGACGAUUGUAAGGCGUUAAAGAAAAAAGUAAAUGAAUUAGAAGAGGAUAAACAAGUGGCUGAAUUUAAAUUAGUUGAAUGCGAGAAAUUCGUUAAUCGGCUUGCAAAGGAAUAUAAUAAUAGAGAAACUGAACUUAAAAAUUAUAAGCAAAAUGAGCAAAGUGCAUUGAUUGAGUUAAACAAGGAGAAGAAUGAAAGAAAGAACUUUAGUAUCCAACGUGAGAAAGAUGCUAUGAUUAUACAGGACUUGCAAAGGCAGGUUAAGGAAAUGGAGUUGAUAUUGAGGAGGAAACAUCCGGACUCUGUUUCGGCGUUAAUUGUUGCAUCAAAAUCAUCCACAGUCGAUGACAACAAAAAGAAAUUGUUAGAAGAUCGUAUAUUGAGAUUAGAAAAGGAAUUGAAAGACAAAGAAACGCAUUUUCACCAAGUUUUAAUAAGCCUUCAAGAAAAGUUUACCGAUAUGAAACAGAAAUACGAGAAUCAUAUAGUCGACGUAGAGAGACAGCUAAUGGAUGACAAAAAAACCAAUAACGACUUAAAAAAUAAAAUUAAUAAAGUUAAUUUACAAGACAUUGCCGUCCAAACAGUCCAAAAAAGUCAACAUACGGUUGGGACACAGACUUUUUUAAAGGCUGACAGAGCAUCAUCAGCCGUUAGUAGACUAACCCAGAAUUCAGCCUUAAUUUUCAACAGACUGAAAGAAGACAGCUACCUCAUUGCUACAAUAAAAGGAUUACAGACUGAACUUACAGCGAAACAACGAACAAUUUCUAAAAUUAACCGGGAAACGGAGGAGUUAAGAAAGAAUUUGAGAAACUUGCAAAAGGAAAAAGAAAUUUUAAUGAAUUUAAACCCGCAAAAGAAAAGUACAUGUAGACCAGCUAAGUCAGCUGAGAGUGUGAUGCUUAAAGUGACUCAUGAGAUGGAAGCUGAAAUAUCAGAUGUAAGGAAGCAGAAGGAGCUCCUCAUGGAAGAAAGGGUGGGUCUUCUCGCGUCUUUAAAAAGGUCUAAUGAAGAUCUAAUUAUGUUGAAAAAGAAACGUAUUCAAGAUCUUCAUACACUACAAUUGGCUCAUGAAAAAGAGCUAAUGCAGAUGAACAUGCAACUGUACCCUCUACAAGAAGAAAUUAAACUGCUAAAUCGCACUGUUGAAAUUCUUCAGGAACGGGUAAGAACAGCGGAUGACAAGUUGAUAAAGUACCAAGCGACUGAAAUGCAUGCGGGUGGGGAUAAUUUUGGGUCCAAGGGGAAUAGCCGUAAAUGAUCGUUUUUUUAACUUGGUCACAUUAUAUUUUUUGCUGGUUAUCCAUAGCUUAAGAAAAUUAUGCCUAUUAGAUAAUUAUGCCUAGAAUAUUAUAUUAAUAUUAUUUAGUGCGUUUGUCACGAAUAAUGUUAUGGGACAAUCUAAAGAAUAGGAAUUAGAUUUAUAUUAUUUUUCUAUUUGCUCCGUGUCUUUCGAAAGAAAGUUAUAAAAAAAAAUAUUAAUGAAAAUAGUCGCUAUAUAAGAUGAAUUAGUCUCGGCACGUAAUUUGACGAGAACUUUGGUCCUGGGGAAAAGGCUGCACGUAUAUAUGCGUUAGAAAUAAUCUACUUUUGCUCAUUUAAUGAUUCUGGUAACAUUAUUUGCCGGGACACCCUCCUGACUGUUAUGCUAGAUAUUAUUGAUUUUAUUAAUUUAUUAUUGAACUGAGCCUCUAGAUUCUACAGAACACAAAAAAAUUAUUGUGUUUUAAAUACUUCGGCCACUCUAUGGUACCUGAUCACUAUGUGCCUAAUUGAAGAUUAAUAUCACGUUUACAUAAACUAUAAUAUUUUUUUUUUCUGUUAAGAAAAUAUUUUUAUGUUUGAAGAGUUUUUUUUUUAACUAUGUAGAGCAAUGGGUUUCAUAAGAUUAGUUUUAAUGUAUAACUUUUAACUACCUAAACGAGUUUGUUACCAUAUUCUACCUUUGUCCACGCUUUUACUUGUAGACCACGGUCUCUCAAUGUUCCAAAAAAAGAACGUAAAAUAUUAAUCUCUGAACAAUAUUUUCUCUGUUUUUUCACGUAUAAGAAUAAGAUGAUGUUAAGAUAAGAACAAGAAUAUAUAUAUAGUGAUGACACUUCAAGUUCAAAGAACUAAGCAGCAUUAACAAUGGAAUAGAAAUUUCGCUUUUCUACUUAACGCUAAUUUGUGAAUUGAAUGUAAAUUGUUUGUAUUCUGUUUAUUUUCUAUACCAGCAAUAUCGUGCGCUGUCACUUAUGCUCUGUUCAACUAGGCUUAAUAUUUUUGUUUUUGAUUUAAUUUGCCAAUAUAACUAUUAUAUUUUUAUCACCGUGUUGUGCAAUCUUGGAUGAAAUAGUUUACGGUUUUUGCGCAAUUUAUUUAGUAAAAAAAUCUAAUAUUUUUUAUGCUAGUUCAUAAGCCGUAAAAGAGGAAUUUAAAAUUAUAUCGAAGCAUGUGUUCUCAUGUGUGUGUAAGGCUAGUAAUGUUUUAAUUUAUUAAAUUGUUAGAAUAAUAAAAGAUUGGUAUUUUCAAUCUGUGAUCGUUGUUAUACUACGCACACUAUAAUAAAUAAUUAUAAUGUAAGCUUUUACUUGCUAGUCAAAAAUAAUGUGUGAUAAAUCCCACCUAUGUGUUGGUAAUA